AUGCGCCCUGCCUGGGCCGUAGCGCUGGUCUUCAGCGGGUGCUGCAGCAACGUGGUUUUCCUGGAGCUCCUGGCCAGAGAGUUUCCAGGAUGCGGGAACAUCGUGACAUUUGCACAGUUCUUAUUUAUAGCAGUGGAAGGCUUUAUCUUUGAAGCCAACUUUGGAAGGAAGCGGCCAGCCAUCCCAAUAAGAUACUACUUGAUCAUGGUGGCCAUGUUCUUUACAGUCAGCGUCGUGAAUAACUAUGCCCUGAAUCUAAACAUAGCCAUGCCGCUGCACAUGAUCUUCAGAUCAGGCUCUCUAAUAGCGAGCAUGGUUCUAGGCAUCAUCAUUUUGAAAAAAAGAUACAGUGUGUCUAAAUACACAUCCAUAGCCCUGGUGUCUGUGGGGAUCUUUAUCUGCACUUUAAUGUCUGCAAAACAAGUGGCUUCUAAAUCCAGCUUAAGCGAAGAGGAUGGACUCCACGUCUUCAUGUGGUGGCUGUUAGGUAUCGCGGCACUGACCUUCGCCCUCCUGAUGUCAGCCAGAAUGGGGAUCUUUCAAGAGACCAUCUACAAACAGUUUGGAAAGCAUUCCAAGGAGGCACUGUUUUACAAUCAUGCCCUGCCCCUCCCUGGCUUCCUCCUCCUCGCUCCGGACAUCUACGCCCAUGCUGUUCUCUUCAGCCAGUCUGAGCCAUUCCAAGUCCCGGGGAUCGGGCUGACCUUGCCCAUCAUGUGGUUCUACCUCGUCAUGAACGUCAUCACUCAAUACGUGUGCAUUCGGGGAGUCUUCAGCCUCACCACGGAGUGCACCUCCCUCACCGUCACCCUGGUGGUGACGCUGCGCAAGUUUGUCAGCCUCAUCUUCUCCAUCCUGUACUUCAAGAACCCCUUCACCGCCUGGCAUUGGCUGGGCACCCUCUUUGUCUUCGUGGGCACGCUGAUGUACACCGAAGUGUGGAACAGCCUGGGGCCUCGGCUGGCCAGACAGAGGAAGGAGGCCAAGAAGGAGUAA